AUGGCAGUGUCAGGACGUAAGUCAUCAGAUUUUCGUGGUUCAAUAUCUAAAGGUUCCGCAGAGGACUUUGAUCACAGUUGUGAACCAUGCCUAGUCAUUGGUAAGCAUGUCGAGGCUCAUGGAUUUUGUGUGGAGUGUCAGGAAUAUCUGUGCAAAAACUGCUACGCAUAUCAUAAACAGAUAAAAGCCACAAAAAGUCACCAGCUUCUUGAUAAAAAGAACAUGGGCCAACACACAUUUCAGAGGACGGAUUCAGCUGUUUGUUUUGAAAAGUGCACUAUCCAUGGAAAUGAAAUCAUCAAGUUUUUCUGCACAACCCAUGAAUACCUUGGCUGCACCGAUUGUAUUACCCUGAACCACAGAGCAUGUGAAAUUGAUUAUAUACCGGAUAAAUGUGCAGGUAUUGGGGACACUGAGGAAUACAGGGAGACAAUGAGGAAACUUGAACAGAAAAUAAAAGAGCUUGAUGAAGUAACGAAAAGGGCAAAUGUCGAAGACAGGGAGAUAGAUACUUGUCAUGACAAAGCAUUACAAGAAAUUAUCAAAUUUCGGAAAGAAAUAAAUGACCACUUAGAUCAACUGCAAAUGAAAAUUCAAGCAGAUAUUGACAAGAAGAAGUCAGCAGACAAACAAAAUCUCCAGGAAAUGAUCAAAAUAUUUUCCAACAUUUCUGCAGAUAUCAGCAAACUUAAGUCCAAUCUACAGGACAGCAAAGCUUCUCAACAGCACGGACAACUUUACAUCAACAUUAAACAAGCUCAGUCGAAACUAAAGUCAGAUGAAGUUCAAAAAGCAGAAGAAUCCUUAGCUCAGACAAAGACACAAUAUAUAUUUGAACGCAGCAAAGAUCUAGAGAAUGCGAUAUCAAAGCAGAAAAUAUUUGGUACGUUCCGCCUGGUUACGCCAAAAGAAAAGAAAACAAUCGACAAAUUAACAUAUAAAGAUGAUAUAAAUGUACGCACAAAAUCAGAUAAGAGUGACUGUUAUAUUAGAGGAUGCGCACUCUUGUCCUCUCACAAAAUUGUGCUGGCUGAUAAGGAUAACUCUAAACUGAAAGUUGUGGACAGGCAAAGUAAAGUCGUGUUAGAAGAGAAGUCACUUGACUCUGGACCACGGGAUGUUACCGUACUGCCUCAAGAUCAGAUUGCUGUAACAAUGCCAGAGAGUAAAGAGAUCUAUAUAAUGUCAACAGCUGGUAAAUUGUCAAUCAUCCGCAAGAUUCCAGUUACAGGAGAAUGUAGAGGUAUAACGUAUCACCAAGAUCGUCUCUAUGUGAUUUGCUGUGAUCCUAACUGUGUACGUAUUUUAGACAUACAAGGUAAUGUCCAGAACACAAUUUCCCUCAAUGAUAAGGUAUUUUGCUACCCUAACUAUAUUGUGUUCAAUGAGGAUUCUAGGCUUAUCUAUAUAAGUAACUUUUUGACACAUAAAGUAGUCAGCAUCACGUUACAAGGUGAUGUAUCUGCCGUAUACGAGUAUAAGGAAGUUAGGGGACCAGCUGGAAUGUUGAUUUUAGAAGAUGGCUCAUUGCUGGUUUGCUGCAGGGUCACUGAUAGCAUACAUCGUAUCUCGGGAGACUUGAAGCAAGGUCAGACAGUGAUUGAUGGUCUGACAGACCCACGGUCCAUAUGUUACAAUCAUUAUCAACAAGAAGUCUAUAUUGGUGGUAAGAAUCAGCUGAAGGUGUUCAGUGUGUAA